GGGUGGGGCCACAGCCCCGUGAGCGUCGGUCGGCCGUCGGCUCGGAGCUUUCCGGAGGAGAGCGGGCCGGAGAGGGCGGGAGAGGCAGCCUUUGCUAGAGUCUACAGGGCCCCAGCCUGGAACACCCGAGGAUCUGUGGAGAUAGAGCUGAGCCCGUCAGUGAAGGCCCCAGAUCGCGCUCUUUCUAAGAAACAAGCAUGGAAGAAGAGGAGGGAAUGAUGUCUGGCUUCCUCACAGCCAAGUCCCAGAAACCAAUGACCUUCAAGGAUGUCUCCGUGGAUUUCACCCAGGGGGAAUGGGGGCAGCUGGACCCUUCUCAGAGGGACUUGUACAGGGACGUGAUGCUGGAGAACUACAGGAACCUGGUCUCCUUGGAACUUCAGGUUAUCAAACCAGAGGUGAUCUCCAGGUUGGAGCGAGGGGAGGCACCGUGCAUGCUGGAGAGAGAAGGACUGAUAGGCUCCUGUCCAGAUGAUACGAGACCUGGGUCUGUGGAGAUAGAUUCAAAGGAUGGCAUUCCUAUGGAAUGCCUCCAAGAAAGUCUCCAGAUGAAUGUUCCCUUGGACUUUAAGUUGGAACAGGUCUGGGAAUAUGAUGCAAUGUUUGAGAAGCAACUCAGCAGCCAUGAGAGAGAUUUAAGGCAAGUAACAAUCACCGACAAUAAUGCUUCCAGUGAAGUGAAUGAUCAAGAAUUUAAUAAAUUUGGGAGAAGUUUCAGUAUGAUGUUAAUCACUGAUGCACAAGAGAAUGUUACUAUUAAAAAAACUCUCCAUAAAUAUGACACACGUGGAAAUAACUUCAAACAAUAUUCAGAGCUAGUAAGACGAAAUAGAAUUGCCUUUGGGAAGAAAACCUAUAAGUAUAAUGAAUGUAGCAAAGCUUUCAAUUAUCACUCAGACCUUAUUCGAUAUUAUAGACUGCCUAGUGGAAAGAAAUCUUAUGAUUUUGAUGAGUUAGGGCAAAGCUUCCCACAAAGGAGGCACCUUAUUCAGCAUGCUAGAAUUUCUUCUGGAGAGAAACCCUUUAAAUGUAGUGAAUGUGGAAUAGCUUUCAGACAAAGUAUGCACCUUAUUCAACAUCAGAGAAUCCACACUGGAGAGAGACCUUAUAAAUGUAGUGAUUGUGGGCAAGCCUUCAGACAAAAAAUGCACCUAAUCCGACACAAGACACUUCAUAGUGGGGAGAAACCUUAUCAAUGUAAUCACUGUAUUAAGUGCUUUAGUGAUAGCUGGUCACUUGCUCUACAUCAGAGAAUCCACACUGGAGAGAAGCCCUAUAAUUGUAGUGAAUGUGGAAAAGCUUUCAGACAAAAAAUUCACCUUACUCGACAUAAGACACUUCAUAUUGGGGAGAAACCCUUUAAAUGUAAUCAGUGUGGUAAGUGCUUCAGUGACAGCUCACCACUUCUUCUACACCAGAGAAUCCACACUGCAGAGAAACCUUAUAAAUGUAGUGAAUGUGGAAAAGCCUUCAGACAGAGUAUGUAUCUUAUUCGACAUCAGAGAACUCACACUGGGGAGAAACCCUUUAUUUGUGGGGAUUGUGGAAAAUCUUUCAAUGACAGCUCAGCCCUUACUUUACAUCAGAGAAUUCAUACUGGAGAGAAACCCUAUGAAUGCAAAGAAUGUGGUCAAGCCUUCAGUCACAGUGGAAGCCUUACUCAGCAUCAGAGAAUUCAUACUGGAGAAAAGCCUUAUCCAUGUAGUGAAUGCGGUAAGGCCUUUAGGCAAUAUUCAGCCCUUGCUCAUCAUGAGAGAACUCACACUGGAGAGAAACCUUAUAUUUGUACAGAGUGUGGGAAAGCUUUUAGUCACAGUGGAACCCUUACUCAGCAUCAGAGAAUUCAUACUGGAGAGAAACCCUAUGAAUGCAGUGAUUGUGGUCAAGCCUUCACUUAUCAGGCGAGUCUUACUAAGCAUCAAAGAAGUCAUACAGGAGAGAGACCUUAUAAAUGUAGUGAAUGUGGGAAAUCCUUUAACCAGAAUAUUUAUCUUACUCAGCAUCAGAGAAUUCAUACUGGAGAGAAACCCUAUAAAUGUGCCGACUGUGGGAAAUCUUUUAGUCAUAGGGGAAGCCUUACUGCACACCAGAAAAUUCAUACUGGAGAGAAGUCUUGUAAAUGUCCUGUUUGUGGGAAAGCUUUCCGUCACAUGAACCAGGUUACCCAACAUCUCAGAAUUCACACUGGAGAAAAACCCUACACGUGUAUGGAAUGUGGGAAAUCCUUUAGUCACAGUGGAAGCCUCACAACACAUCUGAGAAUUCAUACUGGAGAGAAGCCCUAUAAGUGUGGCGAAUGUGGGAAGGCCUUCAACCAGAACAUUUACCUUACUCAGCACCAGAGAAUUCAUACUGGUGAGAAACCCUAUACGUGCAAUAAAUGUGGUAAGAACUUCAGGCAGUACUCAGCCCUUAGUCACCAUGAGAGGACUCAUACUGGAGAGAAACCCUAUGCAUGCUUGGAAUGUGGGAAAGCUUUCAGUCAGAAGGGAACCCUUACCAAUCAUCAGAAAAUUCAUACUGGAGAGAAACCUUUUAUAUGUAGUGAGUGUGGAAAAGCCUUCAACCAAAAUAUUUACCUUACAAAGCAUCAGAGAAUUCAUACCAGAGAGAAACCAUAUAAAUGUAAUGAGUGUGGCAAGGCCUUCAAGCAGGUAUCAGCCUUAAAGCACCAUAAGAGAAUUCAUAAUAGAGGGAAGACUCUGUCACUGCAGUUAAUGUGAGAAAAGCCUUCAGUUGGCAGGGAAGCCUUGAUCCACCACGUCAGAGGAAUAAUGCUGGAGGGUCAGUGUAGCCAACGUACCAGAGUUCACUGUGUGGCUUGUUAGGCCAUUUUCUUUAGAAUCUCACUCGCGAGGCCCUGCAGUAUAUCAGGGCUUCCUGUGAUCGGCACAUCUUGCAAACGAGCAUCUAGAAGACCUCACCAUCUCUUGGGAAACCCUCUUGCCCUUGGACUCUGAGAUGGACGUCAUAGUCAGCAAUUUUAAGUGCCUACUAUGUGCCAGGCAUCGUGCGAGGUGCUCGAGAUGCAGAGACAAAAAUGAAACAGCCCCUGCCGUCAAGGAGCUUAUGCUCUAUUGGGGGAAAUGAGCAUAUAGACACGUGUAUUGUGUGUGGUACAAUAUAUAGAUACAAAAGGCAGUUUUGGGGGUGGAAGCAGUAGGACGUGGGGACAGGUGAAAGGGGGAUCAAGAAUCCCUCCUGUAGAAGGUGGCAUUUGAGCUGGGAUUGAAAGAAAACCAGGGAUUUCAAGGGACCAAGGUGGCAGACACCUCUGGCAACUGGCAGUCAUUGAAUGAGUUCCUUUUUGUUGUGUCUCCCAGGGAUCCUGGUAUGAUUUUGAUGUACGCAUUGGAGACCCCUUGAAGGCAAACAAUAAGCACAGGGAGAUCUUAAUAUUCUCUGCACCUUUCAGUCAGUUGGGUGAUUAUAAAGAUGUAGUCUGCUAUAGAAUAGAAGUUUUUAAAGCUUGCUUAUUCCUUUCUCCUACUUUCAUCAAGAAUGUUCUUGAUAUGUGUCUGGAUUAUUCUUACAGAGAUUUUGUAGAGCUGGAAGUGUAGGCAUAUAGGCCAAUAGUUAUCCUCAGUCUGACUCCCGUCUCAGCAACAGAGAAUGACAUGCUGGAGGAGAAAAUGGUAUUAUAACAAUGUAAAUGUAAGUCAGAUCUGUAGUUUACAAAACAGUCCAGUUAUAAUUUUGCUACAUGGGAUGGAGAAAUAGGAAAUUUCUCCAUUUGCUUUCUCUGGUAAUAUACUAUUGCCAUCAAAAGACUAUAGAUUCAUAAAAGGCCCAUUGGGAAGUACACAGGUGUUUAGCUAAAAUGUCUUCAAAAUGAGAGUAUUUCUUUAAGCAAAAAAGGGAACCUAUUCAUCAAAAGUAAAACGUUACUUUCCAAAAAAUUCAGUAGAUAAUAUUUUCGUGGAAGGAAAUCAGUGAACCGUGUAGAUGAGCUGGUAGCAUACAGUAACAAAGGGGUUAAAAGAAACUGCCAAGAGCCAGAAAACAGUUUAGAAGUGGAGUGUAGGUUAAUGGGUUCUUGGCUGCAACUAACCCAGAUCUAAAGAGGGGCUUUUGUAGAAAGUAAAAAUGGUAGUUCUAGUUUGUCUUUAGGAUCGUCUAGUCUCAUUGUUUGAAAGCAGUUUAGCUUAAGACGGGUGCCAAAAAGAAACUUCUGGCUGGACUGGAAGGAGAUGGAGAACAGAAUUAUUUUCUUUGCUUGUUUUUGUAUGUUCAUUUGUUUCUACUGUUGUUUUCUGUUUGUUUGACUGUUUUUGUUGAUGAUUAUUGGACUUAAUAAAAAAGAAUUGAGAUGAGUUCUUGAUUUGAAGAUUCAAACCAGAGCCUCUAGACAUCAGUCAGUGGGCACCCACACCCCUAAAGGUCAAGAGGAUGCUAAAGAAGACACUAGCAAAAGACUUAUUGAGGAAGGGAUGCUCAAGUAUAGGAAGGUUGCUAUCAUUAUGACAGUUUAUUUUUUAUUUUUUUGCAGGGCAAUAAGGAUUAAUUGAUUUGCUCAGGGUCACACAGCUAGUGUCAAGUGUCUGAGGCCGGAUUUGAACCUAAGUCCUCCUUUAUCCAGGGCUGGUGCUUUAUACACUGUGCCACCUAGCUGCCCCCAUGACAGGAGUUUAUACCAUAAAACUUGGGCUGGGCAUGCACAGAGAAAUUUCACUGACAGGGCUUGUGAUUUCAGUUGGUAUUGGAUGCUCCCUCUACCAGUGCAGGUCAGCACCCAGACUACUUUGCAGGAGUCAUGGAAUCUCAUUAGUUCCCAAACAAGAGCUAUCCAUGAAAUUUUUUUUAAUUAAUUUUUUUCUAUUAAAAAUUACUCUUCUUCCACCCUUCUUACUGCCCCAUUGAAGGAAAAAAGAAAAAAAAACCCCACAAAUUUGCUAACAAAUACGUAUAGUAAAGCAAAACAAAUUCCCACAUUGGUCAAGUCCAAACAUGUCCUGAUUUGCACCCUGAGUCAUCACUUUGGAGGUGGAUAGUGUUUCAUUAAGGAUCUUCUGGAAUCAUGGUUAUUGCAUGGAGUCCUUCAAAGUGUUUGUCUUUAUGGUCUUGCCCUGCCUCCCCUCCCCCUAAUGCCUCAGGGAGCUUCCUGGCCUCCCAGAGCAGCCAUUCCAUCCAGGGCACCUGCAACUACACAACACUUCUCAUUCUAAUUCCAUAAUGUUGCAGAUGCUUCCUCAGACCGACCACAACUUGACCCACUUCUCUGCUACCUUUUCGACUACUGCUUUUUCCUGACUAUCUGGGACAACUUCACUCCCAGGCUGAACCUCUUUGGUCAACCUUCCUGAACUUAGUCCUUAACGAUAAAAAUGUCCCUACCCUGU